AUGGGUUGCCUCUGCGCCAUCCUCCGCUUCAUCUUCCUCCUUGACGGCGGCGGCGAGAGGGUGACCUGGCACAUGUGGGAACCAUCACCUGCACAUCUAGAAGAGGGACGAGAAGGAUGCGAUUGCCCCAAAUGCAAGGUGGCUAACUCCACCCUCGCCGAUGGCACCGGACCGGCAGACAUCCCGGCAGACGGCUUCUACCAGAAGUACAAGAUCCCCAUGUUCAUUCUUUUCAGCGCCCUAGCCAUUCUCAUUUUCGGCUCGACCAUCUGGCAAUGCUGCUUUCGGAAGAAGAAGAGCAUUGAACUCGAAUCUCAAUUCCACCUCCCCCCGUUCAUAGGACACGGCGGCGUAAGCAGAGAGGACAACCACCUCCCCUACCCACACUCAUUCCACUACCAUCAGUACGGUGGUAGAACCAGGGCUAGCACCAGAAACAGAGAUAGAGGCAGAGACAGACACGGAAGGGAAGUAAUUCGUACGACUUCGGGAUGGUGGCGUCAUGCUGGUCUUGACCGUCCUUUGUAUCGAAACCGGCCACAGAGACAAACUCGCGUGGGAAUCAGGGUACCGCCAACGACGGGAACACCACUGGAUGGAGCUUAUUCCAUGGCUUAUAUGCAGGAAGAGACGCGACAGGAACAGCCGCAGCAGCAUCGAGAAGGAAGACAGCAUGAAGAGUACGAGAUGGAUGCGCACAAAGGGCAGGCGAGGGAGACGACACCGCCCCCGCCGUAUAAGGCUAGGAGGUCCACGGAUGACACGGUUGAUCGUCCACCUGGUUGUUUAUGUGCCCAUGUGUAG